GUGCUAAAUUAAUGGGACGAAAUCGAAGGAACUCUCUCCCUCUAUAAAAUCAUUUCUAUCAUUUAUUUUCUUUUCAAAGCCAAAUGAGAAUAGUUUAGGUUCCAAAGAAUCUGCAGAAACAUGGGAGGUAAAAAAAAUUAUUAUGCUUCACCUGGAUCUUAUCCCUACCCACCACAAGGAUAUCCUUCUCCCAGUGGGUACCCACCGGCCGGAUAUCCUCCACUAGUAAGAUAUCCUUCUCAUGGUGUGGGAUAUCCUCCUCCCAAUGGAUACCCUCCACCGAUCACUACAACAUAUCCUUCACCUGGGGGAUAUCCUCCUCCUCCUCCUCCUCCUCCAGGAUAUCCUCCUCCAGGAUCAAUAGGACAAACUCCGAUAGUUUACCCACCAACUAAUUAUCCUGCAGGUGUUGGUAGUAGUGGUGCAUAUGGGGCUCACCCUCACUAUAUGGCACAUGGUGCUUAUGCAACAUAUGGAGGUUACUAUGGCCAUUGUCAUGGAAAGUUCAAACAUGGGAAAUUUAAGCACGGGAAGCAUGGCAUGUAUGGCAAGCAUGGUGGGUAUCGAUACAAGAAGUGGAAGUAAUUCUUUGCACACAUACAUAUGCAUACUUGCUUUUGUAUAUGAAUGAAUUGGUUCCAUUGGAAGAGGAGUUGCAUAUCAUCUUUUUUACCCUAUGCAUUAGCCAGGGCUAGAGUGCAUAAAGUCCUUAUUCUUGGUGUUUGUAUUUUCGUAAUUUUUUUUCAUAUUGUUUAAAUUAUUAUGUAUAUUUAUGAUUUUUAAUACAUUAAUAUUUUUUAUCAUAUAAA